AAGUAUCUUUGAGACAUUCAAGUGGAAACGUCCAAUAGGCUUCUUAGGCACCUAGGGCUUUGCGGUUUUCCUUUCUUCACCAGAAAUGGUUCCGUCAUGUGUUUCUUAGUUUUUUCGGAACCCCAUAGGACUCUGGGAAGCCCUACGGGCUCGUGCCGGCGCUCCCACGCAUGCGCAAUGGCACCACUCACUGGGACGACGAGGGCAAUAAUUUUUCCUUAUCCUGAAGCAACAUCCUCCCGAUUCUCCAUAAAAAAAGGCGGGAACUAGCCAACAGGCCGGGGAAUGAUGGGACUCGCACUGUGCACGUCCCGCCCACUUCACACUCUGAUUGGUGAAUGUUCCUGGUCCGUGGCGAAGGGGCCCGCCUCAUUGGCUGUCAGUCUCUUGGGGGCGGGUCCGCGACGCGGGUCCUCCACCUUCCUCCCCCUUCCCUUGCUGCCGACGUGGGACUGGCAGCCGCUGGCGGUUAGGGUCCGCAGCGUGGGUGCCGGGGGGCAGGCGGGGAUGGGGGGGCUGCGGCUGCUGGCAGUGGCCCUCGCCUGCUGCUGGUGGCCGCCGGGCAGCCAGGGUAAGACGCUGCGGGGCAGCUUCAGCAGCACCGCGGCCCGAGACACUGAGGGCCAGAGCAUCGGCCACUUCCAGUUCCACGGUGACCAUGCUCUUCUGUGUGUCAGAAUCAACAACAUAGCAAUAGCUGUUGGGAAAGAAGCUAAACUCUACCUCUUCCAAGCCCAGGAAUGGCUAAAGCUGCAGGAAAGCAGUCUUGCGUAUAGUUGUAGUGAAAAAUUAUCCAAAGCUCAGUUGACAAUGACCAUGAAUCAGACUGAACAUAAUCUGACAGUGUCCCAGAUUCCGUAUCCACAAAUGUGGUACGUGUUUUAUGCAGACAAGUAUACAUGCAAAGAUGACAAUGAGAAUUCUCAGGUGGAAGAUAUAUCAUUUGAAAUGAUGUUAUUAAACCCGGACGCUGAAGGGAAUCCACUUGAUCAUUUUAGUGCUGGAGAAUCUGGGUUACAUGAGUUCUUUUUCCUCCUAGUCCUAGUGUACUUUGUGAUUGCUUGCAUUUAUGCUCAAUCAUUGUGGCAGGCUAUUAAGAAAGGAGGACCCAUGCACAUGAUUUUAAAGGUUCUGACAACUGCAUUGCUGUUACAAGCUGGUUCAGCUUUAGCUAAUUACAUUCAUUUCUCCAGUUACUCCAAAGAUGGAAUAGGAGUACCUUUUAUGGGAAGUUUGGCAGAAUUUUUUGACAUCGCUUCCCAAAUUCAAAUGUUAUACCUACUUCUGAGUCUGUGCAUGGGUUGGACAAUAGUCAGAAUGAAAAAGUCUCAAAGCAGACCUCUCCAGUGGGAUUCUACUCCUGCAUCCACUGGCAUUGCUGUAUUCAUUGUUAUAACACAGAGUAUUUUGCUACUUUGGGAACAGUUUGAAGAUACCAGUCCUCAUAGCUACCAUUCACACCACAACUUAGCAGGGAUCCUUCUAAUCAUUUUAAGAAUUUGCCUAGCGUUGUCACUGGCCUGCGGACUCUACCAGAUCAUCACAGUGGAGAGAAGUACACUCAAGAGGGAGUUCUACAUCACGUUUGCCAAAGGCUGUAUUGUGUGGUUUUUAUGCCAUCCAGGUCUUGCAUGCAUUUCUUUCAUGUUUAAUGACUACCAAAGAGAUAAGGUUAUUACAGUAGGUGUUAUCCUUUGCCAGUCUGUUUCCAUGGUUAUUCUCUACAGACUCUUUCUGUCCCACAGUCUCUACUGGGAAGUUUCUUCACUUUCCUCAGUGACACUACCACUGACCAUAUCAUCUGGACACAAAAGUCGACCUCACUUCUGAUACUUGAUUUUCUUUGAAGGAAAAGUGGACUGAUUGAACAGAGUGCAAUAAGGAUCCAAGUACAGUGACUUUUUUUUCAUACUUUUGGUAUGAAAAAUUGAACAGAGAAAGCAGAGCAUGUAAUUUAUACAACUGCAUUUAAGCAGUACCAAAACUGAAAAAGAUAAUAAAUGUAAUGUUUUUAAAUAUACUUAAUAAACCUUGAAGAGUGUUAUUACAAGGUGAUUUAUGCAUUCUCCAUAUGGAAAUAAAGAUCAAAAAGAACUAUGAUAUUUUGGUAAGAGAUUCACCACUUAUAAUGCCUCAUCGUAUCUCAAUAGUUAACUCAGGUUUCAUGGUCUUAUAAAAAGUAAUCAAUUAAAUGAUUACUUGCUUAUAUAUAUAUAUCUAAACUAAGUCCAGUUAUGAAAUCAGUGUAGUACACUGAUUAAAAACUGCUUUUUUAUGCUUUAAGAAAAUGCAUUUCAUAUUACAGUUUAAAAGAAUUGAAAAUGAAAUCACUUCAGAAAAUGAAUAUAGUUAAAUGAAUAAGCUUUUGUUUCUGGGUGGGGUUUUUCUCCAUUUUCUUCUAUCACUUUGGCUCUAGUUCAGGUUUUAGUUUAACAAAGGGUUUUUUUUGACAGUUUAUGAAAAAUAAAAUUAGAUAAAUGGGUUUUAAAAGCUGAGCUUUUAGGUGAAGGGACACACAGUUUUACAUGUUUAAAACGAAAGAAGGAAAAAAUACUAUAUGAUAUGUACUAAAAUUUUAAUCCUGAUAUAAUUCGUUUCUCUUACAUUGAAUCCCCAAUCAUAAUUAAGCCAUAUACACAGAUUAAAUUAACAGAAGCAUUUCACAUAAAUGUGGUUUCAGUCAUCAACUACCCAUGAAUUCCUGCCCAAGGAUACUUAAUCAGGAUUAAAUUUUCUAUGAAUAAUUGAAAAACAAAAUACUCACUGGAUUUGUUAUAAUCCAUAUUGGCACUGGAUUCUAAGUAGUUGCCAUCUUGAAUCCUUUGUAAUAAAGCCAUAUUUUUUUGUGUAUGCCCCAGUAUUGAGUAUGCUAGCUAAAAUAUAUUCUAUCAAGUGCCUAUUUAAAGAAUUGCUAAGUGGCUGUUGAUACCUGCUGUAUGAAGUGAGUGUUCCCAUUAACAGUCAGAUUGGAAAUGAUUCUGUUUCUGUUUGUCAAGUUAUUCAGGUCUUUUCGUUUUUACCUCUGGCUUAUUUUAAAAAAAUAUAUUUUAAAAUCUGUUUUCAAAGGUAUUAACAUUUUUAAGCAAGAAAUGGUGCACUGUUCUGGUAAUUAAACUUUUUAAUUAAAUAGUUAAAAUAACAUAACACAACUUCAAAAUAUCUGUGGCUUCAUUUUUAUUUUUCCCUUACACUUAGUCCCAUUGGAGAUGAAUAGUGUUCUGUUUCAUUUUAAAGGCAAAAUAUGUGUUUGUGACUAGCAAAAUGGCAAAGUGACGAAGAAGUUCAGCCUGUUCAUUAAAUCAUCUCUGACAGUUCUUUGUAAAUUAUUUAAUAUAUGAAAGCUACAGGCUGAGACUAGAAAGUCUGGGGUAUAUUUUAGGUUUACAUGAUCUGCUGAGUGAUCCUGACCUUUUUUUUCUCCUUAACCAUAUCUCACUAAUAACCCCAGUUAUUGUCUGUUGUGUUCAAUUGAAGUGCAGUUAAUUAAGCUGAAAAAAAAGUGAAGCCUUUUCAUAGAUUUUGCGAACUUGCAACAAUGGGAAGGGAAUUAUGAAAUACAUUAUUGUGCUUGCACUUAUGAAACUGUAACACUUUUUUUCUUUAUUUUUUAAUUUAUGGUUGAAUUUCCUGAUUAUUUUGUUAUUCAAGAGCCAUUGUUAAAUGAAGCAAAACAGUUGUUAAUAAUUAAUGUAUGUAAAGUUUAGUAAUCAAAACUCAAAAUUAUAGUUCAUAAGUCAUGACAUAGCAUCCCCGUUUUUCUGAAUGUUUACAUGGAGAUAUGUCACACAGAUUACAGGAAGAUACGUGUAUACUGCAAACUCUAAUUAAAGAUCAAAACUUUUCUACUUUU